UGCAGAAUGACAGGGCGAAGUACAAAUGACAGCCACCCAUCAAAAUUGUAAAAUUAAAAAUAUCUAUUAUAAAUCCUUGCAAAAUUAUUGAACGCAUUUCAUUUUUAAUAUGGAAAUGGAAAUAGAAAUCGAACCUAAGGAUCAAAAUAUUAGAAAAAUCGAAGAUGUCAUAGACUUGCAGAAAGCCAAAGGAAGUUACAAUCCUAGGCAAGUGGCCUUUGCGUUACCAUCAGAAACAGAAAGCACUGUAUCCGCAAAUGUAGCGAAGAGUUUAGAAACUGGGCUGUCAGAUUCGAAAUCUAAAAGUAGUAGUAAGAAGCAAUUCAAAAAAGCUACUCGUCAAAAAGGGCAAGUGCCCGAUGUUGUAUCUUGGCCUAGUGAUUCCGACAUCACUGUACUGAGGAUGAAGCUCAUGGACGCCACAAAUUUGAAGGAUAAUGUGUCUAAUAUUGUAACAGGUGACGGUCUCCAUCAACCGGAUAGCUCUUCAAUGGUUAACCUGGCAACACUGAUACUCCAAUCUCAAACUCCUUCAAAGCAUAGCGUCUUGGAAGAGUACUUGGUGCCUCUAACUUCUUGGGAAGAAAAGAAUGCUGAAGCUAAUGGGUCCUUCGAUGAAAAAGAACGGAAUGAAGAAAUAACAGUUUUCCGCACUGUUACGCAAGAAGCACUUUCUUUUAUAAAAAAGAAGUAUCUUUCUUCCGAAGCUCUUAGCUCAAGGGACAGCGGUUAUUUUGCGAAUAGACCGAAAAAAUGCAGAAUAGCUAGAUUUUUCCGUCUCUAUUUUUGUCCUUGUUGCUCAUGUCUUUACGAAAUUGAGAGGAUGCGACAAACAUCAUCAGAAGUCUGAAAUAAGAAGAUAAAUAAUUGUUAUGGCUCAGCAGUGAAUCGUUAGUAAGUUCCUUUUGUACAUUAAUUUCACCUUACCUGUUGUAUGUUUUAAUGUUGACUUUAUUUUGUGUUGGCUUCACAAUAUGAAACGUACCAAACAAACGUAACAAA